AUGGCCAAAUUCCCUUCCGGAGAGCUACUGGGUCGGUACGGUGCAGGUCUUUGUUACGGCCCAGCACUGUACUAAAACACACCUGAUGCAUCUAGGCCUAUUCAUGGUCCUGAUUAAUCAAAUCAAAUCAAAUUGUAUUUGUCACAUACACGUGUUUAGCAAAUGUUAUAGCGGGUGUAGCCAAAUGCUUGUGCUUCUAGCUCCGACAGUGCAGUAAUAUCUAACAAGUAAUAUCUAACAAUUUCACAACAUAUACCCAAUACACACAAAACUAGUAAGGAAUGGGAUUUAAGAAUAUAUACAUAUACAGACAAGCAAUGACAGAGCAGCCUGGACUAAGAUACAGUAGAAUAGAAUGCAGUAUAUACAUAUGUGAUGAGUAGUGCAAGAUAUGUAAACAUUAUUAAAGUGACUAGUGUUCCAUUUCUUAAAGUGGCCAGUGAUUUCAAUAGGCAGCAGCAGCCUUUUAAUGUGCUAGUGAUGGCCAUUUAACAGUCUGAUAGCCUUGAGAUAGAAGCUGUGAGAUGAAAUGAGAUGAGCCUUGAGAUGAGCAGCUGAUUAGCUGAUCAGUUGAGUGUAUUAGAGCAGGGCUGGAGCAAAAGCCUGCAGACUUGAAGGGUGAGAGGGUUGAGAGAGAGAAGACUAGGACUGUAUGGAGGGUGAGUGGAGGAUUCUGUGUAGGGAUAUGUGGUUAAACAGUGUUGCAGUAAAAACCAUCCAGGAGUAUAGCCUAGUGGUUUGUGCGUAUACUGUGAGUGUCUGGCGUGGCGUGUGCCCCAGCCUCAGCACAGGGUUGUCUCUCUGCCGGUCUCUCACCCUGCUCUGCUCUGCACCGUCACAGCACCGCGGGGAGAGUUAUUUUAGGGAUUAGGCAGGCUAAGUGUUGAAGGUGUCGGAUAAGCGUUGCCUGGGGUUACUAGCGUUACGUUAAAGCUACAAGGGAAGUCUGGAUCCAAAUGUGUCUUGACACAUCAUGGGUCUGUCUCACUUUGUGUUACUAUAGACUACUACUACUACUACUACUACUACUAGGCCGAGAGACGGGCCUAGCUAGCCUGGUCCCAGAUCUGUUUGUGCUUUUGUCUACUCCAUAUUGUCAUUGUCAAGCUAAAGAAACAAUCUGGCACCCAGGCUAAGACCUAGCCACAACAUGCUUUAAUCCACUGACUAAGACCUAGCUACAACAUGCUUCAAUCUACUGACUAAAACCUAGCCACAACAUGCUUUAAUCCACUGACUAAGACCUAGCCACAACAUGCUUUAAUCCACUGACUAAGACCUAGCCACAACAUGCUUUAAUCCACUGACUAAGACCUAGCCACAACAUGCUUUAAUCCGCUGACUAAGACCUAGCCACAACAUGCUUUAAUCCACUGACUGAGACCUAGCCACAACAUGCUUUAAUCCACUGACUAAGACCUAGCCACAACAUGCUUUAAUCCACUGACUAAGACCUAGCCACAACAUGCUUUAAUCCACUGACUAAGACCUAGCCACAACAUGCUUUAAUCCACUGACUAAGACCUAGCCACAACAUGCUUUAAUCCACUGACUAAGACCUAGCCACAACAUGCUUUAAUCCACUGACUAAGACCUAGCCACAACAUGCUUUAAUCCACUGACUAAGACCUAAGACCUAGCCACAACAUGCUUUAAUCCACUGACUAAGACCUAGCCACAACAUGCUUUAAUCCACUGACUAAGACCUAGCCACAACAUGCUUUAAUCCACUGACUAAGACCUAGCCACAACAUGCUUUAAUCCACUGACUAAGACCUAGCCACAACAUGCUUUAAUCCACUGACUAAGACCUAGCCACAACAUGCUUUAAUCCACUGACUAAGACCUAGCCACAACAGGCUUUAAUCCACUGACUAAGACCUAGCACAACAUGCUUUAAUCCACUGACUAAGACCUAGCCACAACAUGCUUUAAUCCACUGACUAAGACCUAGCACAACAUGCUUUAAUCCACUGACUGAGACCUAGCCACAACAUGCUUUAAUCCACUGACUAAGACCUAGCCACAACAUGCUUUAAUCCACUGACUAAAACCUAGCCACAACAUGCUUUAAUCCACUGACUAAGACCUAGCCACAACAGGCUUUAAUCCACUGACUAAGACCUAGCCACAACAUGCUUUAAUCCACUGACUAAGACCUAGCCACAACAUGCUUUAAUCCACUGACUAAGACCUAGCUACAACAUGCUUUAAUCCACUGACUGAGACAUGAUAUUUGACAGAACACGUUGGUUACUGUUAGAUGUUAAGCCCCCUAUAAGACCAGACAGACAGUUCAUUCUGGAAUGUAGUCUCAACAUAUUUUUAGGAGCUCAAAUUGGUCCUCUGUAGCUCAGCUGGUAGAGCACGGCGCUUGUAACGCCAAGGUAGUGGGUUCGAUCCCCGGGACCACCCAUACACAAAAAAAAUGUAUGCACGCAUGAUUGUAAGUCGCUUUGGAUAAAAGCGUCUGCUAAAUGGCAUAUUAAAUUAAAUUAAAAUUAAAUUUAAAUUAAAUUAAAUAUUAUAACCAGUUGACUGACUGACUGACCUAAAAAUUGUCAUGGACUCCAGCCACCCUAGUCAUAGACUGUUCUCUCUGCUAGCGCACGACAAGCGGUACCGGAGCGCCAAGUCUAGGUCCAAAAUACUUCUCAACAGCUUUUACCCCCAAGCCAUAAGACUCCUGAACAGCUAAUCAUGGCUACCCGGACUAUUUGCACUGCCCCCCCACCCCCUCUUUUAUGCUGCUGCUACUCUGUUAAUUAUUUAUGCAUAGUCACUUUAACUCUACCCACAUGUACAUAUUACCUCAAUUACCUUGACUAACUGGUGCCCCUGCACAUUGACUCUGUACUGGUACCCCCCUGUAUAUAGCCUCCCUACUGUUAUUUUAUUUUACUACUGCUCUUUAAUUAUUAGCUUUUUAAAAAUGUUUUACUUAUCUAGUUUUUACUUAACACCUUUCUUUUCUUAUAAACUGCAUUGUUGGUUAAAUAACAUUUGAUUUGGUUCCAGCAGUCCACUACUUCAUCCCACCUCCAGUUCUGACUACAGAGGUGGCCUGUCGUUCGCUGCUCAAUGUGCUGUUGUCCUUGUACCGUUUCUCUCUUAGCUUGUGGUAGGUGAUUAGUUUAGAUUAGAUCAAUCAAAUAGCCUACUUUUGACUGAAGAGUGAGACUUCUCUCUCUCAGAUUGUGUGUGUGUGUGUGCGUAUGUGUGUGUGAUCUGUGCUUAGUGGCCUCUUCUACUUUGAUUGUAGCUAAUGUGAGCAGAAUAUGUGAAAGGUUUCAGUGUUGUCACCAUUAGUGAUAUUAACAGAGGGCAGCCACAGAAGCGCCAUCUGUUAUCCCCCCCCCCUCUCUCCCCCCUCAACUCCCUGCCUCCCUCCAUUCUCCUCUUCCACCUCCUUUACCUCUCUUCCCUGGUUCUUCCACCCUCUCUCUGCUAGCAGCUCCCAGUCUGCUCUUCCUCCCUCUCUCCCUCCCUCUCUCCCUCCCUCCCCUGUAGCUGUGGAGAUUAAGCAACACAACGUGAUGCUAAGUAUAGCUUCUAUUUGGGAGGAAAGCGGUGGUAAUUUAGCUGUGUUUUAGACUGACACACACACACACACGAGAGGCCAGUCUGCAGUAGCAGCAUAAUGGAUUAGAAAUGAGUUGAAUAGUCACAUGUACAGGGUUGCAGGUGGAAUUACAGGGUCCAGUGAUAUUCUUCAUCUCCAACAGGACAAAGGGAAAGAAAACUAUGCAAAUAUAUAUAUAAUCAUAAAAUAGAAAUAACAAUAUAUACAUUACCAGUCAAACGUUUAGACACACCCACUCAUUCCAGGGUUUUUCUUAAUUUUUUACUAGUUUCUACAUUGUAGAGUAAUAGUGAAGAUAUCAACACUAUGAAAUAACACAUAUGGAAUCAUGUAGUAACCAAGAAAGUGUAAACCAAAUCUCCCGAGUGGCGCAGUGGUCUAAGGCGCUGCAUCGCAGUACUAGCUGUGCCACUAGAGAUCCUGGUUCGAAUCAAGGCUCUGUCGUAGCCGGCCGCGAUUGGGAGACCCAUGGGGCGGCGCACAAUUGGCCCAGCGUCAUCCAGGGUAGGGGAGGGAAUGGCCGGCAGGGAUGUAGCUCAGUUGGUAGAGCAUGGCGUUUGCAACGCCAGGGUUGUGGGUUCGAUUCCCACGGGGGGACAGUAUGAUAAAAAUAAAAAUAAAAAAAAUAUGAAUGCACUCACUAACUGUAAGUCGCUCUGGAUAAGAGCGUCUGCUAAAUGAUGUAAAUGUAAAUCAAAAUAUAUUUUACAUUUGACAUUCUUCAAAGUAUCCACCCUUUGCCUAGAUGACAGCUUUGCACACUCUUGAACUUCUCUCAACCAGCUUCACCUGGAAUGCUUUUCCAACAGUCUUGAAGGAGUUCCCACAUAUGCUGAGCACUUGUUGGCUGCUUUUCCUUCACUCUGCGGUCCAACUCAUCCCAAACCAUCUCAAUUGGGUUGAGGUCAGGUGAUUGUGGAGGCCAGGUCAUCUGAUACAGCACUCCAUCACUCUCCUCCUUGGUCAAAUAGCCCUUACACAGCCUGGAGGUGUGUUGGGUCAUUGUCCUGAAGAAAAACAAAUGAUAGUCACACUAAGUGCAAACCAGAUGGGAUGGCGUAUCGCUGCAGAAUGCUGUGUUAGCCAUGCUGGUUAAGUGUGCCUUGAAUUCUAAAUAAAUCACAGACAGUGUCACCAGCAAAGCACCCCCAUACCAUCACACCUCCUCCUCCAUGCUUCAUGGUGGGAACCACACAUGCAGAGAUCAUCCGUUCACCUACUCUGCGUCUCACAAAGACACUGCGGUUGGAACCAAAAAUCUCACAUUUGGACUCAUCAGACCAAAGGACAGAUUUCCACUGGUCUAAUGUCCAUUGCUCGUGUUUCUUGGCCCAAGCAAGUCUCUUCUUAUUAUUGGUGUCCUUUAGUAGUGGUUUCUUUGCAGCAAUUCAACCAUGAAGGCCUGAUUCACGCAGUCUCCUCUGAACAGUUGACGUUGAGAUGUGUCUGUUAUUUGAACUUUGUGAAGCAUUUAUUUGGGCUGCAAUUUCUGAGGCUGGUAACUCUAAUGAACUUAUCCUAUGCAGCAGAGGUAACUCUGGGUCUUCCUUUCCUGUGGCGGUCCUCAUGAGAGCCAGUUUCAUCGUAGCGCUUGAUGGUUUUUGCGAAUGCACUUGAAGAAACUUUCAAAGUGCUUUACAUUUUCCGUAUUGACUGAUCUUCAUGUCUUAAAGUAAUGAUGGACUGUUGUUUCUCUUUGCUUAUUUGUUGUAGUAGUCGUUGUUGGAGAUCAAGUAUUUUCUCUGUCUCUCUCUCUCCCCAGCGAUGUUACGAACACAAGCAGUACAGAAACGGACUCAAGUUCUGCAAACAGAUCCUGUCCAACCCCAAGUUCACAGAACAUGGAGGUAGGGGGGAUGGAUGGAGGAGGGAUAGAGGGAUGGGAGGAGGAGUGUCCCUCUAAAUGUAUCAUUGAUUGAUGACUGAGUGAGAUGUAGACCCCUUUAUUAAGCCUCUCAUUGUCUCUCUCUCUCUCUCUCUCUCUCUCUCUCUCUCUCUCUCUCUCUCCCUACAGAGACCCUGGCGAUGAAGGGUUUAACCUUGAACUGUCUGGGGAAGAAGGAGGAGGCUUACGACCUGGUCAGACGAGGCCUCCGCAACGACCUCAAGAGUCAUGUCUGUAUCCUUUAAAACACGCCUGUAAAAUAGUGUGGAUGUGUGAUUGAAACUGGAUGCCUACCUGGACACACACCCCAGGGCUUGACAUUCACUUUUUAGCCACAAUUAGGACAAAACAUUUUUUUUACUUGUCUGAAAGAUCAAGUCACUUGUCUCCUCCAGAAAAGGUCUGUAAAACCAUUUUUACAUCAUUGUAUGUUGCAAGGAACCACUUUUCAAAAUUGAAUUAAUUAUUAUUACCAUAGAGAAUCAGACAGAAAUGUAGUCUAUCCUCUGUCUAUUGGCUUUUCUGCAUAGUCAAGCCCGUCUCGAAAUACGACACUGCCCCUUUAAGGCUCUCCUGGAGGAUGAUUGGUCACACUUAGUAGACUAUAAAAUAUUGCAACAUUACAAUUACGACCAAAUACUUUCAAAUGGCUAAGGUAGGCUACUUCAAAGCCAGGUAACUAGCAAAUAAAUGUUUAUCAAUAUAACCUUAUAUGGUUAAAAUAUACAGGUUUCAGAUUUGUUGACAGCACGGGAGUUAGUUGUCUAUUAGGCUAUUUUAAAAAUAUUUGUAACGUUGUCAGAAUUACAUGGCCCAAUUUUGAGCGCGUGAGAGGCAGUUUUACUGCAGGAGUAUGUAGCGUUGGUUGAGUAACUCACCCGUUCAUGCAUGUCGGCCGUUUGCGGUUAUGAGACACUUGAAACCCUCUUUAAGGAAUACCUGGAAUAGUAUAACAGUAAUCCUUCUACCCUCCCUUUACUACCACUGUCUUUUGUCUAAACUAACACCUGACUUAUUUCACCUGCUAGCACUGACUUGUUUAAAGGAAUGUACUUAUUGUGAUCGAGAUGUAGUUGUCCCUGAUUGCACUGACUUUGCUCACAGCUGCUUGUUUGAAGAAGUGUACUUACUGUGAUCAAGAUGUGGUUGUCCCACUGGCUAUCCUAAGUUGAAUGCACCAAUUUGUAAGUCGCUCUGGAUAAGAGCGUCUGCUAAAUGACUUAAAUGUAAAAUGUAAAUGAGUGCGAGUGAAAUAGUUAACUACCAAGAUAACUAGCCAGGCUACACAAUAUGUUUUGAAUUGACUGUGUAGUUAGUCUGCUGCAAUCUCUCUCUCUCUCGCUCUCUCUCUCCACAAUUUCCCAGAACCCUGUUUGAUGACCAGAAAUCACCUAUAACUGGCCAACUACUCACAAACUAGCAAGGGAUAUCAACAAAAGACCGCUCGUGCCUGUCAAUGCAAUACAAUUCUAUUCCGAUGCGCGCUGCAUAAAUUGGGAGAAAAGUGUGAAAAAAAAUGUGCAUCCAGAAGGCACUGAUCCAAUUUUGAUCUGAGUAAUUGUUUGAUAUUUCGGACAAUUACAUCUAUAUUCUGCUUGCCUGACUAUUUGUUGUUACUUGUCCCGGACAAGCUUUAAUGUCGUGACCUGCACACACUGUGUGUGUGUUGACUGUGCAUGUGUGUGUUGACUGUGAGUGUGUUGACUGUGAGUGUGUUGACUGCGAUGUGUUGACUGUAGGUGUGUUGACUGUGAGAGAGAGAGAGAGAGAGGGAGGUGAAGAGAGGAGGGAAGAGGAUGGUGUAUACAUAGAGGCAUUAGGUGUUUCCUGUUUCACCACACACACACACACUCACACACACACUCUCUCACCCGUUUGACAUUGCGUAGCAGAGCUCUUGUCUCUCUAAAACAGGGCCGUGACUGGCUCCCACGAACACACACAUACACACACACACACACACACACACAGACACACAGACGCAUGACUGAAAUCUGUGCUGACAUUUCCAACAGAUAAGGCCCUGCACUGAUAAGUGUUAUUUCAGGCUAGACCCAGCCUCCAGUCAGUACACACAGUGCCACACACUCCACAACAGACACUCUACAACAGACACACUGCAACAGACACACUGCAACAGACACACUACAACACACUGCAACAGACACACUGCAGCAGACACACUGCAACAGACGCACUACAACACACUCCAACAGACACUCUACAACAGACACACUGCAACAGACACUCUACAACAGACACUCUACAACAGACACACUGCAACAGACACACUGCAACACACUCCAACAUACACUCUACAACAGACACACUGCAACAGAUACAUACGUACACACACAUAUAUAUAUAUAUAUAUAUAUAUAUAUAUAUAUAUAUAUAUAUAUAUAUAUAUAUAUAUAUAUAUAUAUAUAUCCUUAAAAAAUAUAUAUUUCCCUUUAUUACUUUUCAACCCCACCACCCCUUCCCUAAUUGGAGUAAACUAGUGAACAAAAACGCUUAGGCCUCUACUUCCAGCUUAUACAUACUAUAUAAAUUUUAUGGACACAGUCAAUUUUACAAUAAUUCUAUUUUGUUUGUUUUUACUCCUGAACUUCCUGUACCCUCAACCUCUCCGAUCAUUUUCAUGAUGUCCAUCCGGUUUGCUUCUAUAUGCCAUAUCUUUCUAACUGUGCUCUUUCACAAAAGCUCUCAACCUAUAACCUAUAUAGUUAUUAUGGACACAGUAUGCUUUACAUUAUUAGUUAUCUUGUUGUUAUUAGUUGUUGUUAGUUGUUAUUAGUCCCAUCCUUCAGCUCCAUUCAACACCACUCAUUUAUCUCUUAACACCAUCCAUAUAGGAUUUCUAUUUGCCAUAUAUUUUUCAACUGUAAUGUUUCACAAAAGUUCUGAACACUUCUAUUCUCAUUGUUUCUACAGAUUGUAAAUUGAAAAUAAACAUUUUUGCUAAAAGUGUUAUUAUAUUAUUGAUCAAUUGACUAUGACUUUUCAGAUCACCCAGUAAUGCUAUCUGCAAGGUUAGUUCCAGGUAAAUAUUGCAAUCCUUUAGCCAUUCCUGGACCUGUGUCCAAAAACAAGCUACAAAUGGACAGUACCAAAACAAAUGAUCGAAUGAUUCUGUCUCUUCACAGCAAAAUCUGCAGACCUUGGAAGAUAAAUAAGAUUCUAUUGGUAGCAAGAAUUUGGUAUAAUAAUUUAAAUUGAACAAUUCUAUGUUUUGAAUCCGGCGUCGUUUUCCGUAUCAGUUCAUAAACACUAUGCCAUGGAAUCGGUACGUCAACAAUCUCUUCCCAACUAUUUUGCAAUCUAUAUGGGACGGCUGUCAAUCCUUUGGUCCUUAAAUUAAACUGGUAUACUUUUUUAUUUAUCACAAUUUUCUUUAACCAAUUAUGUUCUUUAAUGCAAGGCCGACAGACAAGUUCCUUACUUUUUCCCCCUUCCACUUUCCUCUUCCAUUUUUGCCUUAAUGCUGCAAUUAUUUGGUUGUGAUUUUGGGUAGAGCAGACAUUUCCAUAUGUUUUUGUUAGCUGCAUGUGCGACAUAACUCCACCAGUCCUACGUAUGAUAUCAUUUACGGAGAUUGAACGAUAUGUUUAUAACAUUAAUGUGCACCAGUAAAUGUCUUAUUUUAAAACUACAACUACUACUACUUAGAAUGUUGUCAGUAAAAUGUCCUCUAUAUGGUUGGUCGGUGUAAAUUUUUCCGGUUUAUCGCCCCAGCUCUGCACCACGCACACAUGGGAGCCCGACAGCCUGUUAUCAACACACUGGUGUUUCUGUGUCAAGGUCCAACACCUGAGUGUUCAAGCAAAACACCAGACCUGGGUUCAAAUACUAUUUGAAAUCAUGUAUAAUACUUUGUCUGUGAUUGAUUGAGCUUGCUUGGUUUAAUGGACCAAUAGAAUAGUCGCAAAACUACAAACCCGCCCAUCUGGCACCCUAGGCAUGCUAGAACAGACACUCAAAAAUAUUUGAAAGAUUUUAAAUAGUAUUUCAACCCAGGUCUGAGAAACACACCCCACGCGGGAAGCUGAAGGACAAAGCUUUAUAACAACUAUUAUAAUGUCUAUAAAUAAUUAUCUUUCUGGUACUUAUGGAAUGAUAAUAUAUAGAUUGCAUUUUCCACGUGUAUGUGUGUGGUGUUCGUGCAUACAUACGUGUGUGUGUGUGUGUGUGUGUGUGUGUGUGUGUGUGUUGGUGGGUCUAUCCUGUGUUGUGCGUCCAUGUGUCUCCUUAACCCCUGGUCUCCCAGGCUGGCAUGUGUACGGUCUGCUGCAGCGCUCUGAUAAGAAGUACGACGAGGCCAUCAAGUGUUACAGGAACGCCCUGAAGUGGGACAAAGAAAACCUGCAGAUCCUACGAGACCUGUCACUACUACAGAUCCAGAUGAGAGACCUGGAGGGCUACAGGGUGAGGAGGGCGGGAGGGAGGAGGGUGAGGGAAGGAGAAACCUGUCCCUACUGCCUCAGGAGAUCCAUUCAUUAAGAACACGCUGUGUCACAGACAUCAGGUCCUAGUUAACUACCUUGAUUUACACCAGGUCUCUUGGAAGGCAAUGUAGCUCUUUAGUUAUCCAUGUGACACAUAAAAUACCAAGCAAGCACAGAGUGUGGCAGAGCAGAAGUGUGCCGAGCAGAGUCUAGCAUUGGCAACAUGACUCAGCAGAAACAUAAACCUGCUUCCUCCUCUGUCAACUUCUCUUUUUAUUCUGUCUCUUUCUGCUCCCUGUGUUUUCUCGUUGGUGUGAUCAGGUUACUUCACGGAGGGGAGAAAAGAAGAAUCCAUUUUAAAAGUAUAGGAACAGGAACUUGAUGCUAAGCUAACCGCUAAAUUGCUAGCCCCUCUCUCAUUGUGUCCCUAUGGGCGACUAGCGCACUAUGCUAAGCUAACGGCUAACUUCUCCUUGUCCCCCUAUAGGAGACGAGGUACCAGCUGCUGCAGCUGCGGCCGGCCCAGAGGGCCUCGUGGAUCGGCUACGCCAUCGCCUAUCACCUCCUAGAGGACUACGAGAUGGCCGCCAAGAUAGUGGAGGAGUUCAGGAAAACACAACAGGUACAGUAGGUCCAGUGACAAGCCAACCUAUGGGCUGAGUCUGUCUGUCCUUGGUGCACACUGGGUUCACCGUUCACACCACUAAUCCAAAAUGGCUUCCUCUCCUUGUUUCUGAAAACAACAUGUAUUUCUUCAUUUAUUUUGGCUUUAUUUAACCAGGUAAGUCAUUGAGAACGUAUUCUCUUUUACAAUAACGACGUGAACGUAGUAAAGGUGGCAGUAAUAUCCUGCAUGCCUUUACCAGGCAUAGUGUUUCAUUGAUCAGUUCAGUUCUAUCUGAUCAGUAGAGAGCAAGGAAAGGAGACAAGGGGAGGAAACCACUGCUCUAGUACAACAGUAGGAGCAUUCAGCACAAUUCAUGACUACAACUCACAACAAAGUGUUUUCCCUCAUCAGUUCAGGGUCUGGGUGUGUCUGAGUUACAGUAAAGCUUAGCUAACGGUACGACACAGUAAAGCUAGCUAACGGUACGACACAGUAAAGCUAGCUAACGGUACGACACAGUAAAGCUAGCUAACGGUACGACACAGUAAAGCUAGCAAACUGUACGACACAGUAAAGCUAGCUAACGGUACGACACAGUAAAGCUAGCUAACGGUACGACACAGUAAAGCUAGCUAACGGUACGACACAGUAAAGCUAGCUAACGGUACGACACAGUAAAGCUAGCUAACGGUACGACACAGUAAAGCUAGCUCGCGGUACGACACAGUAAGCUAGGUACGACACAGUAAAGCUAGGUCACGGUACGACACAGUAAGGCUAGGUCGCGCAACGACACAGUAAAGCUAGGUCGCGGUACGACACAGUAAGGCUAGGUCGCGCAACGACACAGUAAGGCUAGGUGCGUACGACACAUAAGCUAGGUCGCGACGACACAGUAAGGCUAGGUCGCGUACGACACAGUAAAGGCUAGGUCGCGGUACGACACAGUAAAGCUAGGUCGCGGUACGACACAGUAAAGCUAGGUCGCGCAACGACACAGUAAGGCUAGGUAGCGGUACGACACAGUAAAGCUAGUACGGUACGACACAGUAAAGCUAGGUCGCGGUACGACACAGUAAAGCUAGGUCGCGGUACGACACAGUAAAGCUAGUAGGCACGCCAUAAGCUAGGUACGACGACAGUAAGCUAGGCUACGGUCGACACGUAAAGCUAGGGUCGCGGUACGACACAGUAAAGCUAGGUCCUGGUACGACACAGUAGCUAGUCGCGUCAGCUACUAGGUGGUGCCCUAGUAAAGAGUAAUCUGUUCCGUUCCAUGUUCUUUAGGAUCCCCAAGACACAGUGGCAGUGCUCACGACCAUAACCUGAUAACGUACAACCCGCUCCUGCCUAGAGUCCGCGGUGCGAUUUCUACUGAGGUGGUACCCUAUGUAAAGAUGUAUCACUCUCCUCUCCUCCCCUCUCUUUCUCCAUCUCUCUCCUAUUUUAUUUGACCUUCCCCCCCCCAUGAGGACAGCAAGCUGCUGCUCUAUCAGAACCAUAGACGCUACGUUACCCUGUUAUAACCUCUCUCUCCUAGACGUCUCCAGACAAGGUGGACUAUGAGUACAGUGAGCUCCUGCUGUACCAGAACCAGGUGCUGAGGGAGGCUGGUUUCUACAGGGAAGCUCUGGACCACCUCACCACCUACGAGAAACAGAUCUGUGACAAACUGGCUGUCGAGGAGACACGAGGUGUGUGUUUGUGUGUGUCUGCAACCAUCACACACAUUUGAUUUCUGUAUUUGGAUCCACAAAGAAACCAAGACAGAAGCCUCUCACUAUCUCUGUCUCUCACUCACACCACGGACACACACACAGAGAUCUCUAACAGUGUAUUCCCCCUGUAGGAGAGUUGUUUUUGAAACUGGAUCGUCUGGAUGACGCUACAGAGGUCUACCGCCGUCUACAGGAGAGAAACCCUGAGAACUGGUCCUACUACCACGGCCUGGAGAAGGCCCUGAAGCCUGGUACGCUACAUAUACCCUACAUAACACUGUUAUAACUGGUCCUACUACCACGGCCUGGAGAAGGCCCUGAAGCCUGGUACGCUACAUAUACCCUACAUAACACUGUUAUAACUGGUCCUACUACCACGGCCUGGAGAAGGCCCUGAAGCCUGGUACGCUACAUAUACCCUCUACCCUACAUAACACUGUUAUAACUGGUCCUACUACCACGGCCUGGAGAAGGCCCUGAAGCCUGGUACGCUACAUAUACCCUACAUAACACUGUUAUAACUGGUCCUACUACCACGGCCUAGAGAAGGCCCUGAAGCCUGGUACGCUACAUAUACCCUACAUAACACUGUUAUAACUGGUCAUACUACCACGGCCUGGAGAAGGCCCUGAAGCCUGGUACGCUUCAUAUACCCUACAUAACACUGUUAUAACUGGUCCUACUACCACGGCCUGGAGAAGGCCCUGAAGCCUGGUACGCUACAUAUACCCUACAUAACACUGUUAUAACUGGUCCUACUACCACGGCCUGGAGAAGGCCCUGAAGCCUGGUACGCUACAUAUACCCUACAUAACACUGUUAUAACAGGUCCUACUACCACAGCCUGGAGAAGGCCCUGAAGCCUGGUACGCUUCAUAUACUCUGCAUUAGGGGUUCUCACUGUUAUAACCAGCCCUACAUAACACUGUUAUAACCAGUGAUGGGCUACAUAAUUCAGUCUAUUAAUGCAGUCUCCGUUUUAGACUCAGAGAUCAUAUUAAAAUAGGCAAACCACUUUCCCCUGUUUUCCUGAUGAUCAUAAUUGUUUGUUUUCUCUGUCUGUGUGAUCCAGGCAGUGUAGAGGAUCGGCAGAAGAUCUAUGAGGACGCCUGGGUGAAGUAUCCUAAAGGACUGGUGCCCAGACGACUACCCCUCACCUUCCUCUCUGGUACCAACAACCACACCAACUCAGAAAUGUAUUGUUUUCUUACCUCAGAAAAUCUGAAAUACACUUUAGCCUCUUCUUAUCUCUUCUCUUUAUCCUUCAAAUCAGACCACCAAAAUCAUUAUCGUUCAAUCACAAUAUGUUCUCUUAAUGUUCUGUCUCUGUCUCUAGGGGAGAAGUAGUAACCACAAUAUGUUCUGUCUCUCUAAGGGAGAAGUAGUAACCACAAUAUGUUCUGUCUCUAGGGGAGAAGUAGUAACCACAAUAUGUUCUGUCUCUAGGGGAGAAGUUCAGGGAGUGUCUGGACAGGUAUCUGAGGAUGAACUUCAGUAAAGGCUGUCCGCCCACCUUCACCACUGUCAAGUCACUCUACCAUGACAAAGUAAAGGUGAGGAGAAACAACAUAGAAACAGAGUAUAUGACCACUGAGAACCAACUUAAUAAAUAGAGUUUGUAUCUCACACAGCAGCAGGUUUAAUAAUUACUACUGUUUGUCUGUAUUUUCUUUGUAGGUAUCAAUAAUUGAGGAGUUAGUAGUUGGAUAUGAAACAUCGUUAAAUAGCUGCAGAAUGUUCAAUCAGAAUGGUGAGUAUUCAAGUAGUCUUUGUUUCAUUAAAAUAUAACUUUAGUAACACUUUGAGUGAAUGAUAUGAAAAGUGAUUGUUAUUGUGAGGCGACUGAAUGAUAAGACGAUCUGAUUGGUUGCCUCAGAUGAUGGUAAGGAGGAGCCUCCCACCACAUUGCUAUGGGUACAGUACUUCCUGGCGCAGCACUACAAUAUGAUUGGCCAGCAGACACUGGCUCUGGAGUACAUCAACACGGCCAUCGAGAGCACGCCCACUCUCAUAGAACUAUUCCUUAUCAAGGCCAAGAUAUACAAGGUAGGUAACACACACACACACACACAGAUUGUCUAACAUUCUACAUUCCUCCUAACAUUCUACAUUCCUCCUAACAUUCUAGAUUCCUCCUAACAUUCUAGGACCCUCCUAACAUUCUAGGACCCUCCUAACAUUCUCGAAUCUGCUGAACAUUUUAGAACCUUCCUAACAUUAUAUAGAACCCUUUUCACAUUCUAGAUCCCUCCUGACACCAGGGUUUCUGUUAGCAGGUAAUAGCCGGCUUUUGGCUCCAAAAAAUAUAUAAAGCAGAUAAAUAAAAUUGUCUCCGGUCAAUUGUCUGGCAUUUUAGCAUAUUCAUUGAUGAAAAUACCAGUCGAUGGAAAUACAUUUGACUCGUCAUGCUUAGCCGUCUAUAGGUCCAUUUACAUAAUUUAGUGGAAUUAAAUUGGCGUGUGUGUUCAGUAUAUUUGUAAUGUAUCGUAUUUAUCACACGCGUGUAUCAUACAGAUGGAGAGCCUUUGAGCGGAAUAUUUGUCAGACAGCAUCUCAAACAGCAAAUGCGUAGUCAGGCUUCAUCAGCGCGUCACACACCACUUUGCAAUGAGCUGGAGACAGUAUGCAUUUUUAAAACAUAUUUUAAAGAGGCUCUGACUUUGCUGAUAACUACUUUGAGGAAAAUGUACUUACUAUGACUGAGAUAUGUGGUGGUCCCAGCUAGCUAUCUUAAGAUGAACGCACUAACUUUAAGUCUCUCUGGAUAAGAGCGUCUGCUAAAUGACAUAAAUGAAACCUGAAUGUUUUACUACAUAUUAUCAGGCAUGUUUUACCUUGCUUCAAAGUAGCCUAGCCAAAAUCAGACCAUGUCCGCGGAGGCAAUUAUUUUAUAUCAACUUUCUUGCAUUGUCCAGUAGCCAAAGGCACAAUCCUAGUCAUGUUAGCAACCCAUGCUAGAUGUUGCAUAUUAGAUCUCCCCUCUUUCUUAAUUUCUAACAGAUAUUUUCAUCUCUGUCAUAUGAAACCGCUCGCAUGUGCAGUGCGCUUUUGACAAGUGUGUUUUCCUGCUAAAUGCAUUAUGGAAGGAACAUUCACAUGUAGCCUACUGCCCUGUGCACAUUGCUGUGCUGAUAAUGUGAAGAAAUAAUAGUUAAUCAACAUUUUAAGCUAAAGGUUCUGAUCUGUUGCAUCAGACUCAAUGGUUUUUAACAGGUUUUUUUGUGUAGCAUUUGCCUACUGGUUGUAUGAAUUUGGGAUCUUUCAACCCACAACUGUCCCAGAGUCUGUUUGGAAUAGGCUAAUCCUCAGAACAUUCUAGAGCCCCAGUCUCCAUUCUUACCUUUUAGAACCCUCAUCUCCACUAACAUUCUAGAACCCCAGUCUCCAUUCUUACCUUUUAGAACCCUCAUCUCCACUAACAUUCUAGAACCCCCGUCUCCAUUCUUACUUUUUAGAACCCUCAUCUCCACUAACAUUCUAGAACCCCAGUCUCCAUUCUUACCUUUUAGAACCCUCAUCUCCACUAACAUUCUAGAACCCCCGUCUCCAUUCUUACUUUUUAGAACCCUCAUCUCCACUAACAUUCUAGAACCCCAGUCUCCAUUCUUACCUUUUAGAACCCUCAUCUCCACUAACAUUCUAGAACCCCAGUCUCCAUUCUUACCUUUUAGAACCCUCAUCUCCACUAACAUUCUAGAACCUACAUGUCCAUUGUACCAUACCAACUGUAAUGAUGUUGUUUGACCUUUGCCCCUCUGUGUCUCAUCUGCAGCAUGCAGGGAACAUAAAGGAGGCAGCCCAGUGGAUGGAUGAGGCCCAGGCUCUAGACACGGCUGACCGAUUCAUCAACUCUAAAUGUGCCAAGUACAUGCUGAAGGCCGGCCUGGUCAAAGAGGCUGAGGAGAUGUGCUCCAAGUUCACACGGGUCAGUGUGUGUGUCUGUCUGUCUGUGUGUGCUACUGUACGUGUAUUCUAACCCCCAGUCUCUCUCUCUCUCGCGCUCUCUCUCUGUCUCUGUCUCUGUCUCUGUCUCUGUCUCUCUCUCGCUCCUUCUCUCUCUCUCGCGCUCUCUCUCUGUCUCUGUCUCUGUCUCUGUCUCUGUCUCUCUCUCGCUCUCUCUCUCUCUCUGUCUCUCUCUCUCUCUCUCUCUCUCUCUCUCUCUCUCUGUGUCUGUCUCUGUGUCUGUCUCUGUCUCUCUCUGUCUCUCUCUCUCUCUGUCUCUCUCUGUCUCUCUCUCUGUCUCUGUCUCUGUCUCUGUGUCUGUCUCUUUCUCUCUCUUUCUCUCUCUCUCUCUCUCUGUCUCUGUCUCUCUCUCUGUAGGAGGGUGCGUCUGCGGUAGAGAACCUGAAUGAGAUGCAGUGUAUGUGGUACCAGACUGAGUGUGCUCUGGCCUACAAGUCCAUGAACAAAUACGGAGACGCGCUCAAGAAGUGCCACGAGAUCGAGAGGGUGAGUACCUACCGUGCAUUCACUGAAGGACCAGUCUUCCUUCUGAUGACCUCACCCUAACCCCUCCUCCUCUUCUGAUGUCCUCACCCUAACCCCCCCUCCUCUUCUGAUGUCCUCACCCUAACCCCCCCUCCUCUUCUGAUGUCCUCACCCUAACCCCCCCUCCUCUUCUGAUGGCCUCACCCCAACCCCCCCUCCUCUUCUGAUGACCUCACCCUAACCCCCCCUCCUCUUCUGAUGUCCUCACCCCAACCCCCCCUCCUCUUCUGAUGACCUCAACCCAACCCCCCCUCCUCUUCUGAUGUCCUCACCCUAACCCCCCCCCUCCUCUUCUGAUGACCUCACCCCAACCCCCCCCUCCUCUUCUGAUGUCCUCACCCUAACCCCCCCUCCUCUUCUGAUGACCUCACCCUAACCCCCCCUCCUCUUCUGAUGUCCUCACCCUAACCCCCCCUCCUCUUCUGAUGACCUCACCCUAACCCCCCCUCCUCUUCUGAUGUCCUCACCCCAACCCCCCCUCCUCUUCUGAUGACCUCACCCCAACCCCCCCUCCUCUUCUGAUGUCCUCACCCUAACCCCCCCCUCCUCUUCUGAUGACCUCACCCCAACCCCCCCUCCUCUUCUGAUGUCCUCACCCUAACCCCCCCUCCUCUUCUGUCCGUCCCAUCAGUAUUUUGUGGAGAUCAGUUUCCCCUUCACGCAUACAGUCACUCAGUCUAUUAGGUACACCCAGUUAGUACCAGGUCGGACCACCCUUUGCCUCAAGAACAGCCUUAAUUCUUCGGGGCAUUUUACAAGGUGUCGGAAACGAUCCACAAGGAUCUUGGUCCAUGCUGACGCGAUGGCAUCACGCAGUUUCUGCUGAUUUGGACGGCGGUUCACUCAAGUAAAGUGAACUCGCUGUCAUGUUCCAGACAAUGUUUUUCCACUCCUCAAUUGUCCAGUGUUGGUGAUGGCGUGCCCACUGGAGUGGCUUCUUGUUGUUUUUAGCUGAUAGGAGUGGAACCCGGUGUGGUCGUCUGCUGCAGUAGCCCAUCCGUGACAAGGAUCGACGAGUUGUGCGCUCCGAGACGCCGUACUGCUCCGUUAUUUGCCUGUUUGUGGCCCGCCUGUUAGCUUACACGAUUCUUGCCAUUCUCCUUCGACCUCUCACCUUUCGCCCACAGGACUGCCGCUGACUGGAUGUUUUUUGUUUGUCGCACCAUUCUCGGUAAACUCUAGACACUGUCGUGUGUGAAAAUCCCAGGAGGCCGGACGUUUCUGAGAUACUGGAACCGGCACGCCUGGUACCGACGAUCAUACCACGCUCAAAGUCGCUUAGGUUGCCCAUUCUAACGUUCAAUCCAGCAGUAACUGGAUGCCUGUCUGCCUGCUUUAUAUAGCAAGCCAAGGCCACGUGACUCACUCUGUAGGAGUGAUCCAUUUUCGUGAACGGGGUGGUGUAUCUGUUUUAAUAUAUAUAUAACCGAUCUCACAUUCAGUGGAUAUCCUGACUUACCCUUGUGUUGUAUACCUCUGUGUCCCAUCAGCAUUUUGUGGAGAUCACAGACGACCAGUUUGACUUCCACACAUACUGUAUGAGGAAGAUGACACUGUGUUCCUACGUGGACCUGCUGAAGCUGGAGGAUGUUCUCCGGAUGCAUCCCUUCUACAGCAAGGCUGCCCACACUGCCAUCACUAUAUACCUCAGUCUACACGACAACCCCCUGACUGACCACAGCCAGGGACUACAGGCUGAAUCAGGUGGGUGGGUGUGGAGACUGUGUUGGGAUCACACUGUGUGGGGAGUAAAGAGCGCUCAACUUGGAGAUUUUGACCUGUUUGUGAGUGAAUCUGGAGUCUGGAGUAAGGCUUGUGUCAGGAGCGUAUGUCGAAGUUCACCAGUCAACAACAACAACAUGUAUUCUUUCUGUUCUGUGGAUGUGUUGAUUUCUCAUGUCUUCAUCUAAUGUUUGAUCCUCUGUUCUCCAGCCAACCUGUCAAUAGAACUCUACUCUACUAAAACUCUAUUCUAAAACUCUAUUCUCAUUCUCUGUUCUACAGCCAACCUGUCAAUAGAACUCUAUUCUACUAAAACUCUAUUCUAAAACUCUAUUCUCAUUCUCUGUUCUACAGCCAACCUGUCAAUAGAACUCUAUUCUACUAAAACUCUAUUCUAAAACUCUAUUCUCAUUCUCUGUUCUACAGCCAACCUGUCAGACAAGGAUCUGAAGAAGUUGAAGAACAAGCAGAGGAGAGCUCAGAAGAAAGCCCAGCUAGAGGAGGAGAAGAAGAAUGCAGAGAAGGAGAAACAACUGAAGAACCAGAAGAAGAAGAAAGAGGAGGAUGAUGAGGAGAUCGGGGGACCUAAGGAGGAGCUGGUACCAGAGCAACUGGCCAAGGUAGGGCCCUGUGUAAGAGAGGGGGAGAAACUGGCGCUGUGCGUGGUCCCCACCAGGUCAAAUGCUAUUUCUAGGGGGUUUAGGGUUAAGGUUAGAAUUAGUGUUUAGGGUUAGGGUUAGAGAAAAUAGGAUUUUGAAUGGGACUGAAUUGUGUGUCCCCACAAGGUUAGCUGUACAAUACUGUGUGUGUCCCUGUGUGUGUGUGUGUGUGUGUGUGUGUAUUUUUCCCUGUGUGUGUGUGUGUGUCCCUGUGUGUGUGUGUUUUUCCCUGUGUGUGUGUGUGUGUGUGUGUCCCUGUGUGUGUGUCUCUGUGUGUGUGUCCCUGUGUGUGUGUCCCUGUGUGUGUGUCCCUGUGUGUGUGUCCCUGUGUGUGUGUCCCUGUGUGUGUGUGUCCCUGUGUGUGUGUCCCUGUGUGUGUGUCCCUGUGUGUGUGUGUCCCUGUGUGUGUGUCCCUGUGUGUGUGUUUUUUUCCCUGUGUGUGUGUGUGUGUGUGUGUGUGUGUGUGUGUGUGUGUGUUUUUUUCCCUGUGUGUGUCUGUGUGUAACAUCUAGUUCUUUCUCCUCUCAGGUAGAAAACCCACUGGAGGAGGCAGUCAAGUUCCUGACCCCACUAAAGAACCUCGUUAAAGACAGGAUCGAUACACAUCUACUGGCCUUCGAGAUUUACUUCAGGAAAGGUACCACAAACCAGCAGGGUAGUAAUCUUCCCAGGGCUUACAGGAAAACUAAAUGCUUUGCUCAGACAUCAUAUGAUAAUAAAGACAGUUUGAUCCCUCUGGAUUUGACCUUGUUUAUUGUCUCCAUGUAAAUUAUCUGUCCCUCUCCUCUCUGUAGCCAAGUACCUGUUGAUGCUUCAGUCAGUGAAGAGAGCGUUGUCCAUAGAUCCACACCAUCCCUGGCUGCACCAGUGUUUAGUACGCUUCUUCAAGGGAGGUGAGGAGUGAACACUUAGCCCAAACUAACCCAGUUAUACUAAUAGACAUUUUAGUGGAGUAGAUUUUUAUUGAUGAUGUGAACAGAGUUAGUGGAAUAAGGCCUUGGGGAAGAAACAAUGGUUAAAGUGAUAAAGAAUACACAAUAUUCUCUCUCUCUCUCUGUCUGUCUCGGUCUCUCUCUGUCUCUCUCUCUGUCUCUCUCUCUGUCUCUCUCGCUCUCUCUCUCUCUCUCUCUCUCUCUGUGUCUCUCUCUCUCUCCCUCUAUCGCUGUCUCUGUCUGUCUGUCUGUCUGUCUGUCUGUCUGUCUGUCUGUCUGUCUGUCUGUCUGUCUGUCUCUCUGUCUCUCUGUCUCUCUGUCUCUCUGUCUCUCUGUCUCUCUCUCUCUCUCUCUCUCUCUCUCUCCUCUCUCCCCUCUCCUCUCUCCAGUCUCUGAGUCUAAAGACCUAGCGGAGGCAGUGCGUACGGUACUGAAGCAGGAGAUCACUAGGCUGUUUGGAGACAGCAACGCUAGCACCUAUAACCAGGUCUUCCUCUCCAAGCACUCUGACUCCGUACCACACAGAGUGGCAGGUAGGGGGAACACACAAACUCAGUUGCCAAACGUUGUUGAACGUUGCAGAGAGAAAUGCCAUGAAUAGAACCGACAAGAUUCCUUGUUCUACAUGUCGGAGAGGCAUGUUUGUUCUACGUAACAUAUUUAUAUCUGAACGUUCCAAAACGUUUUGUCCUGCUGAAUGCGCCCCAGGCCUCACUCUUCCUCCUCUCUCUCUCUCUCUCUCUUCUUCCCCCUCUCUUCUCCUGCAGCGGCCAAAAUGAUGGUGUGUCUGGACUCUUCUACAGAAACCAAAGCUGUGGAGCUGGCCACGUCACUAGACGAGUCACUCAGCAACAGGAGUAUCACGGUACGUGUGUGUGAUUGUUUGGUCUUUGUGUGGCUUGGUUUUGUGAAUGGCAAUCUGUCAAAAUAAAUACGUUGUUUUGCUGUCAUCUAGUGGGUUGGGUUGUUAAUUUACGUUGCUAGCGAACAACCAGACGUUUUCAUAUCAUAUUUAACGAUGCAGAGUUUUUCUAUAAUGAAUCCUUCUUUUGAUAACAUUAUUUGUAAUGAGAUUUUCUGAAUAUAAAAACAGAGCAUCAGAACAGAAUGUAGAAACGAUAACCAAAACCAUUGAUGACAUAAUUGACCUAUAAUGCCUUUCUCGCUCCUCAUCCUCCUAUCAGAUCUGCACAGAGGUGCUAGAGGCGCUACGGAAUGGCGGAUUGGGCGAGUCAAAAGAGCGGGCGGAGUCUUACCGCGCGGAGUGUCACAGGCUCUUCCCAUACACGCUAGCCUUCAUGCCCGCGGGCUACGAGGAGAACACCAAGAUCGCCAAUGGCGACGUCUCCACAGAGACCGAGGAGCUGGCCAAUGACAUGUGAGCUGCCUUGCGGUUGGUGGAGAAACAGAAGGUGCCAAGCACCGAGCCUCGGGGGACACCAAGUCGACCGGACGCCAUUUUGUAGCCACUGUUGGAAAGUUGAAGUAGUGGAAGAGGGUUUGUUUCUCCUUUGCUUGGGCUUUGGCUCGGUUCGGUUCGUCUCUCUCUGUCUCCGAUGUGGCGAACUAGGACUGUGUGUGGAGGAGGAGGAGGAGGAGGAGGAAGAGGAGGGGAAUAAAAGAGGAAGAGGAUGAAAUUGCCAUUUUAUUUUUUUAUCUUGCUGACUGACUGCUCUCUAACUCUUAACUGAAAAUACAGCAUCAACAAACACUAUCAUCAACUGUUAUCAAAGAGUUUUGUAAAAAAAAAAAAAGAAAAAGACCGACAGACCGAUGAGACAAGACUGUUUAUGUAAUGAACAACAACAGUUGGUAUUUUUUCUGAGAGGAGAUGGAGAACUGUGUUCCUGACAGAUGAGACUAUGACAAACAACAUAGGACUGUCCCAAAUUGCACCCUAUUCCCUAUGUAGACUAUUUCAGUGCACUGCGAAGGGAAAUGGAGUGCCAUUUGAGACGCAGUGCUUGGUCUGUUUCUGUGAGAGGAGAGUGAGAGAGUGUUUCCAGGCUGCUGUGAUGAAGUUCUGACUGACUGGUACACCCUGGAUCCACUGAUCUCCCAUCAGGUUUUUAAAAAAAAUAACUCAUUUAGAAGAACGAUAACACAAAUGUAUUAAAGAUAAGGUAUGAGGGGCUGUGGGAUCGGCUGGAUGACUGGGUACAGUAGCCCUAUGUCUGUCCUAAAUGGGACCCUGUUCCCUAUAUAGUGAUCUAGGGCCCAUAGGGUUCUGGUCAGAAGUAGUGCACUACAUAGGGAAUAGGGUACAAUUUGGGCCGCCGCCUAUGGAUACACUUGGGUGCUUUCCUUUAGCCACAGAUUUGGGGUCAGAUCAUGUUUUAUAUAACGUUACUGGUUAAAAGUUUGAACGUCGGGCCUGGUAAGCUGAUCUGGGACCUGUGCUUAGAGGGGCAGCUUGGACCCAAACAGGACCGUUACUGUUACUGGCAAACUUGUGUUAAGUGUGUGACAGAGCAACCUGGGCGAAAACUGUAAUGCUUGUCUAGUAUUUGCCCCCCCCAACUGUUAUUUGACCCCCAGUCCCUGACCCCUAGGCACUCAAAGGUGUUGAUGGGAAUAAACUAAUGGUACUAAUUCCAGCAGGUUUAUGAGAUGGUAAGAUGGAACUACUACCAUAUUGCUUUUACCUAUCCAAUCCUUUCAGAUCUACAUGAAGUGCCUAGGGGCUAGGGACAGUUGGUAGAGCAUGGCGUUUGCGACGCCAGGGUUGUGGGUUCGUUUCCCACGGGGGGGCCAGUAUGAAAAUGUAUGUACUCACUAACUGUAAGUCGCUCUGGAUAAGAGCGUCUGCUAAAUGACUAAAAUGUUAAAUGGAGGCUCAUUUGGAAUUGGUCAAUACUCCCUUAAAGGUCAGAUGAAGACUGUUGCCCACGGUGACAUGAGGUCAAAAGGUUACCAGGAGUGCAGUAUGAGUGACAGAUGUUUUCAGUUUGUUUUUCUUUAUUUUUCCUUCUUUACUCCUGUUUUUCUUCUUCUCUUAUUUGGGUUCUAAUGUGAAAGCUGAGAUGAGCUGUAUGAUAUCUCAGGAGGUUUUUAUUUAAAAAAACUAACAAAAUAAACUUUUUGUUAUCGGUGUAUUCUGUUUUAUUUCUCCUGUGUAGGUCAGACGUUGCCCUGACUCACUCACUCCCAAAUGAUCAUCAAGAAAAAUUCUGUCUUGAGCAAGCCUGCUCUACACUUACAAUAAGUAUCCAUGUUGUCAAAACAACCAAGAGGUGUUUUUGUGUAACAUUUUAGAAUUUUGGGAAAGUUACCAGACUUCUGCAAUUCUAAAUACAAUAUUUAUUUACAUAACUUAUUGAGUGAUUGGUUGGUUGAAUUAUUUAAUUAUUACAUAUGCGCACAGCAUUUCCACACAAUCUAUUGUAUAUCAGACCUGUACUAAGUACUAUACUUUCUCUGUAACCCACAGAUCAUAAGAGAAUAACAUCAUUAUCUCUAUAUACUACUAACAACAUAACAAAUAAUCUACAUCAUAAUCAAUAUCAUAACAUUUAUAAUCAAUAACAUUAUCUAUAUACUACUAACAACAAUCUACAUCAAUCAAUAUAACAUUUAUAAUAAAUAACAAUCUAUAUACUACUAACAACAUAACAAUAAUCUACAUCCUAAUCAAUAUCAUAACAUUUAUAAUCAACAUCAUUAUCUCUAUACUACUAACAACAUCAUAACAAUAAUCUACAUCAUAAUCAAUAUAACAUUUAUAAUCAAUAACAACAACACAAGGGCAAAUCUACAGUGGCUUGCGCAAGUAUUCACCCCCUUUUGGCAUUUUUCCUAUUUUGUUGCCUUACAACCUGGAAUGAAAAUUGAUUUUUGGGGGGUUUGUAUCAUUUGAUUUAUACAACAUACCUACCACUUUGAAGAUGCAAAAAUAUGUUGUUUUCUUGUGAAACAAACAAGAAAUAAGACACAAAAAACAGAACUUGAGCAUGCAUAACUAUUCACCCCCCCGAAGUCAAUAUUUUGUAGCGACAACCUUUGCAGCAAUUACAGCUGCAGGUCUCUUGGGGUAUGUCUCUAUAAGCUUAAACCACUCGAGUGUUGCUUUAGCAGUAUGCUUAGGGUCAUUGUCCUGCUGGAAGGUGAACCUCCGUCCCAGUCUCAAAACUCUGGAAGACUGAAACAGGUUUCCCUCAAGAAUUUCCCUGUAUUUAGCGCCAUCCAUCAUUCCUAUAAUUCUGACCAGUUUCCCAGUCCCUGCCGAUAAAAAACAUCCCCACAGCAUGAUGCUGCCACCACCAUGCUUCACUGUGGGGAUGGUGUUCUCGGGGUGAUGAGGUGUUGGGUUUGCACCAGCCAUAGCAUUUUCCUUGAUGGCCAAAAAGCUCAAUUUUAGUCUCAUCUGACCAGAGUACCUUCUUCCAUAUGUUUGGGGAGUCUCCCACAUGCCUUUUGGCGAGCACCAAACGUGUUUGCUUAUUUGUUUCUUUAAGCAAUGGCUUUUUCUGGCCACUCUUCCGUUAAAGCCCAGCUCUGUGGAGUGUACGGCUUAAAGUGGUCCGAUGGACAGAUACUCCAAUCUCCGCUGUGGAUCUUUACAGCUCCUUCAGGGUUAUCUUUGGUCUCUUUGUUGCCUCUCGGAUUGAUGCCCUCCUUGCCUGGUCCGUGAGUUUUGGUGGGCGGCCCUCUCUUGGCAGGUUUGUUGUGGUGCCAUAUUUGUUCCAUUUUUUAACAAUGGAUUUAAUGGUGCUCCGUGGGAUGUUCAAAGUUUCUGAUAUUUUUUUAUAUCCCAACCCUUAUCUGUACUUCUCCACAACUUUGUCCCUGACCUGUUAGGAGAGCUCCUUGGUCCUCAUGGUGCCGCUUGCUUGGUGGUGCCCCUUGCUUAGUGGUGUUGCAGACUCUGGGGCCUUUCAGAACAGGUGUGUAUAUAUACUGAGAUCAUGUGACAGAUCAUGUGACACUUAGAUUGCACACAGGUGGACUUUAUUUAACUAAUUAUGUGAUUUCCGAAGGUAAUUGGUUGCACCAGAUCUUAUUUAGGGGCUUCAUAGAAAAGGGGGUGAAUACAUAUGCACGCACCACUUUUCCGUAAAUUAUUUUUUAGAAUUUUUUUAAACAAGUUAUUUUUUUCACUUCACUUCACCAAUUUUGACUAUUUUGUGUAUGUCCAUUACAUGAAAUCCAAAUAAAAAUCUAUUGAAAUUACAGGUUCUAAUGCAACAAAAUAGGAAAAACACCAAGGGGGAUGAAUACUUUUGGAGUCGCUUACCAAGAAAACGGAAUGUUCCCGAGUGGCCGAGUUUUGACUUAAAUCUGCUUGAAAAUCUAUGGCAUGUCUAGCAAUGAUCAACUACUAAGUUGAUAGAGCUUGAAUCAUUUUUAAAAGAAUAAUGGGCAAAUGUUGCACAUUCCAGGUGUGUAGAGACUUACCCAGCAAGACUCCACAGCUGUAAUCGCUACCAAAGGGGUUUCUAACAUGUAUUGACUCAGUGGGUUGUAUACAUAUCUAAUCAAGAUAUGUUUGUGUUGUAUUUUUCAUAUUUGUUUUAACAAAUGUAAGAAUUUUUCUUACAAUUUGACAUUACAGAGUAUUUUGUGUAGAUCGUUGACCACAAAAUGACAAUUAAAUCAAUUUUAAUCCCAUUUUGUAACAACAAAAUGUGGAAAAAGUAAAGGGGUGUGAAUACUUUCUGAAGGCACUGUACAACAACAUUUCCAAUCAAUAACAUGAGAGAUUUCAAAAAAUCAACAACGAAAAUAAACCCCAACAAUAAACCAAAUUGACUUGUGAAAAAGAUGUCCUAUUUUAUUCAAAUGUUUCAAAAUACAAAGAAUGAACAGAUGAUUAUAAUAAUACAUGUACUAAUAAUGGAAACACUUCAAGAUAAAGAAUAUAAGAGAACACUAAAUAAGAUGAAGACAAAAGCAAAAAAUAAUAUAUAGAAUGCUGGAAUGUAUAGAAUGCAGUGGAGGCUGGUGGGAGGAGCUAUAGGAGGACUGGCUCAUUGUAAUGGCUGGAAGGGAAUUAAUGGAACGGUAUCAAACAGAUCAAAUAUGGAAACCACAUGUUGGACUCUGUUCCAUUUAUUCCAUUCCAGCCAUUACAAUGAGCCCGUCUUCCUCCUCCCACCAGCCUCCACUGAUAGAAUGCAAAACAGACCUAAUUGAGCUAGUCUCUUAAAUUAAACAAAACCCCAUGUUACCAAAACCCCAUGUUCCCCUGGUGGCAAAAAUCAAAAUGAAUAAUGGUGUUUGCAGUCACUCCUUUUAGAUUUCUUCCAAGGUUCUAGAAAGAUAAACUAAUUCUGAACUUGUGUUAUUAAAAUUAGAACCACUUAAGGUUUGUCACCACAUUUUAAACACCAGUCCACUGCUGACCAUAGAUUUAAACACAAAACUGACCUAAGAUCAGCAUGUAGGGUCAGCAUCAUUCUACUCCUACUCAGUCCCCUGGGCUGCUCUCUCCUCUCCCGGUCCAGCUUCAGCUCUGGAGCUCAGAGAGACCAUCUCCAUGGCAUUGGCAUCAACAUAAAGAUCCAUGCUGCUCACCCUGUUCACUCUCUUCUGCCUCCUGGUGGUCUAGGGAGACACAGCACCAAUAGUCAGACAUUUACGCUCUCUCUCUCUCCCUCUUUUCAUAUAAUCAGUACAGUACUGAAAAACAAACACAAGUCAAAGAUACACACCUGGUUAAUCAUAUAGAUACAGACAAUGUAGAAUCUGAACCCUGCUCAAACACAUAAACAUUUAAAUGACUUGUAACGUCUGAGUAAAUGUCUUUACCUUGUAGUACAGGUAGAUGGUGGUGAUGGCUGUCAGUAGGAUCAGCAGCACUACAACGUGUCUGAUGAUGAAGGCUGGCAGAGGAGAGGCUGCAAACAGAAACACCUUUGAUGAGGGGACUGAUCAUCAUCACAUAGAUCUGUGGGAAAUCUGUCAAUGACAAAGUUAUAAGUCUGGUUCAUGUUCAGUUACCUGUGACGGUGAGGGUGAGGAGCUCGCUCUCAGAGGAGAAGUUAUGAGAGAAAACAUAAUUGUCAUAAACACAGCUGUAGUUCCCUUGGUGGGAGUCAUCUGCAGCAGGGAAGAGGAAGGCAGCAGAGUGAUUGACAGCUGGCUGGGUCUGGGUUCUAUUGGAGCCGGUGAACGUGAGGAGGAAGGAGCCUCCUGGGUACUGUGGCUGAGUGGAGCAGGUGAUGGUGAAGCUGUGGCCCCUAAACACCUCGGGCCCCUCAUGGCCCCUGGAGACCCCUCCCAUUGAGUCAGUCAGGGAGAUAUCAGGCUGGACCGGGAGAUCUGUAACAAGAAAAGAGAACAAGAAAAACCUCUUCAACUAGUUUCCUGUAGAUAUGACAAUAACAUCAGCAUGUAACAGUGUUAGCCACCCUCCCUCACAGGGCAACAUGAGUAGUGGGCCUACAGUCACUGAGACAACAUAUGUUGAUAUCAGGCUGAAGCAGGACAUCUGGAACAAGAGGAGAGAAAAAGAAAACAUGGCUCCUCAACUACUUUCCUCAUUUAGAUAUGACAAUAACAUGACAUGUGACAGUGGCAGUGAGUAGAGACGUUCACUGAGAUAACACUCAAAUACAAAAGCAUUCUGGGAUAUUUAAGUUGUAUUUGAUUUUGGGACUCCUGUUGAACAGGUAAGUGGGGUAUAUAGUCACCCUGUGAUGGGGUUGAUUGGGUUGUUGUGGUAGGUCGACUUGAGGUGUUGAUGGUAACAUCAGAGGUGGUGUCACCCUCUUGGAGUCCGGCUGAGGUGUUGAUGGUGGGAUCAGAGGUGGUGUCACCCUCUUGGAGUCCGGCUGAGGUGUCUGAAACCCGGCUGGUCAGACUACUGCUGGUGUCCUGGGUGGAAGUAGCCAAGCUGGGUUUAACAGAGGCGGGGGUAGAUGGGAUAUCUGGGUUCCAUGCCUUAACAUUGAUGUAG